AUGUUUAACAGAUAGGGAUUUGACUGUGACUGAUCGGAAUCUUUAAUUUCUUCUAUCAAUAGGAAGAAAUUUGUAAUUUAAUGUUUGUUGGGUCUUCCUUGUAAAACACGAGGCAGUAUGUUAAUCCAUAAAACAGUCACACCCUGAUCCAUCUUUUUUUCGUUCUUUUUUUCAAGUAGUUGCAGGCAAGGUUCUUCGGAUAUAUUUUUGAUGUGUUCAUUGUUGUUGGUUUGAGGAUUAUGGUUUAGGGAAGAUUUUGUCUUCCCCUCCAUAUUUGAAGGCAUUGAUAUCAAAAUUGUUGGCUUUGGUCAUCGAUGAGAUUUCUAAGCAUUGUGGGGAACUCCUUUGGAUGUUCUGCAUCUGGGGAACGCUUAGUUUCCGCAGCAAGAGAUGGUGAUCUUCAAGAAGCCAAGGCUUUAUUGGAAUGCAAUCCAAGGCUUGCAAGGUAUUCAACUUUCGGUGCUCGAAAUUCGCCUCUCCAUUACUCUGCUGCUCAAGGCCACCAUGAGAUAGUUUCACUGUUGCUCGAGUCUGGAGUCGAUAUCAAUCUCAGAAACUAUCGGGGUCAGACUGCUCUGAUGCAAGCUUGCCAAUAUGGCCACUGGGAGGUUGUUCAGACUCUGAUUCUUUUUGGGGCCAAUAUUCACAAAGCAGAUUAUCUUAAUGGGGGUACUGCACUUCACUUGGCGUCCUUGAAUGGUCAUUCCCGUUGCAUGAGGCUCCUCCUUGCGGAUUAUAUACCUAGCAUCCCCGACUGUUGGAAGAUAUUGUCGAAUAAAUCAGACAAUAAAGAAUCUACUUCAGUUUUUGAUGAAGGUGCUCUUCGCGAGGUCAUUAAUAAACCUGCUGAUGGAGGUGUCACUGCUCUUCAUAUGGCAGCGUUGAAUGGGCAUGUUGAAAGUGUUCAGUUGCUCCUUGAUUUGGGAGCUUCUGUUACUGAGGUCACUGUGGAAGAUGGAACGACAAUUGAUCUAAUAGGUCCAGGGAGCACUGCUCUUCACUAUGCUGCUUGUGGUGGAAAUGCACAAUGUUGUCAGAUUUUGAUAGCCAGGGGUGCCAAUAUUACUGCCACAAACGCAAAUGGAUGGAGUCCUUUACUGGUCGCCCGUUCAUGGCGUAAGAAUUGGCUUGAGGAAAUCCUUAGCAAUGAGCCUGAUGGCCAGUCACAAGCUCUUCCUUCACCCUUUCUGUCUCUUCCCCUUAUGAGCAUUAUUAAAAUUGCUAGAGAAUGUGGAUGGAGGACUGAUGAUUCCUUGUUCUCAUGCCAAGAUCCUUGUGCUGUAUGUCUGGAUAGGCAGUGUACAGUAGCUGCAGAAGGUUGUGAUCAUGAGUUCUGCAUACAAUGUGCCUUAUACCUCUGUUCUACAAAUAACACCACAAAUGUAGCCAAAGGCCCAAUUGGCUCAAUUGCCUGUCCCCUUUGCCGUCACGGAAUAGUAUCAUUUGUCAAGCUCCGAGGAACGAAACCAACGGUUAAGGCAGUUGCAAGAACUAGUCUGUCCCUAUCUUUCUGCACAUGUUCUAGUGAGAUGCCGGAGCCAACUUCAAUGACAACCCCGCUUUGCAAGCCAAUGGUCCAUUGCACACGAAUUUCUCCUCCUGGAUCGUCGUUCUGCAGCAUAAGUCGUAACAGUUUCCCAUCGAUGAAAAUCCAAUCUAACCUCUGCAUUGGAGCUCCGAAUGCUAGUCCUUUAGUUCCCUGCCCCCCGGACCAGAAUUUGCCAGGCUUAAGACGCUCGGCUUCGGAGGGCAGAAGGUCAUGGUUCUCAACACUUAAUCAAUGUGUAACUACAGGCAAUGCAUGCUGAUAUUUUCUAGUGUUUUUCUCUUACAUUCGUUUUUUUUUUUCUAUCCAAUGUGGUGGAUUGCCCCCUCUAAUUUUGCCCAUAAUUGCAAGUGAAACUUCAUUUCGAUAAUGAUUCCUGGUUGUGUAAAUGCAAAGGACGUAUUUUACCAUUU